AUGGACGGGGAUGCCGAUGGGGCUGUGGGAUGCAGAGAGGAUGGAGAUGGGACAGGGAUGCUCCUCUCCGCUCUGUCCCCCAACGUUGGCCCUAGGGCUGGCUUCUGCGGGUCGCUAUCCGGACAAACGUCCAUGUGGGGCUCCGGGGCCUUGCCGGAAGCCCUGGAGCUGGGUCACUGUGCCAUAAACCUGGAGCGUGGGGCGAUGAUGGGAAAGCGCCACCGGAAUCCUGGCCGCUGGUGCCAGAUCCAGUCUCGCCUGGAGGCUCCUGUUUUCCUGAAAUUUGUCCAGGAGAACGCCAUCAGCAUCAGCAAAGCCAUCAACACGCAGGAGGCGCCCGUCAAGGAGAAGCACGCCCGCCGGAUCAUCUUGGGGACGCACCAUGAGAAAGGCGCCUUCACCUUCUGGUCCUACGCCAUCGGGCUGCCGCUGCCCAGCAGCGCCAUCCUCAGCUGGAAGUUCUGCCAUGUCCUGCACAAGGUGCUGCGUGAUGGCCACCCCAACGUCCUGCAGGAUUGCCAGAGGUAUCGGAGCAACAUCCGGGAGACUGGAGACCUGUGGGGCCACCUGCACGACCGGUACGGGCAGCUGGUGAACAUCUACGCCCGCCUGCUCCUCACCAAGAUCUCCUUCCACAUCAAGCACCCCGAGUUCCCGCCGGGCCUCGAGGUGACGGAUGAGGUGCUGGAGAAGACGGCCGGCACCGACGUGAAUAACAUCUUCCAGCUGACGGUGGAGCUGUUCGACUACCUGGACUGGGAGCUGAAGCUGUCGGAGUCGGUGUUCCGGCAGCUGAGCGCCGCCGUGGCCGUGUCGCAGAUGUCGGCCGUGCAGUGCCGCCUGGCCCCGCUCAUCCAGGUGAUCCAGGACUGCAGCCACCUCUACCACUACGCGGUCAAGCUCAUGUUCAAGCUGCACUCGUGUCUGCCGGCCGACACGCUGCAGGGCCACCGGGACCGCUUCCAUGAGCAGUUCCGCAGCCUCAAGAACUUCUUCAAGCGGGCGUCCGACAUGCUGUACUUCAAGCGGCUCAUCCAGAUCCCCCGGCUGCCGGAGAGCCCCCCCAACUUCCUGCGAGCCUCCGCGCUGGCCGAGCACGUGAAGCCGGUGGUCGUCAUCCCUGAAGAGGCUCCCGAGGACGAGGAGCCGGAGACGCUCAUCGAGAUCGGCACAGCCACCACUGUGGAGCAGCCGGUCACCUCGGACAUAUUCGAGCAAACCUUCGGGCCGCCCAACGGCCUCCGUGACGACAGGGACGCGCAGAUCGAGAGCCUGAAGAAGGAGGUGGAGCUGCUCCGUGCCGAGAUGGAGAAAAUCAAACUGGAGGCGCAGCGCUACGUGACGCAGCUCAAGGCGCAGGUGAACGGGCUCGAGGGCGAGGCGGAGGAGCAGCGCAAGCAGAAGCAGAAGGCUCUGGUGGACAACGAGCAGCUGCGGGACGAGCUGGAGCGGCUGCAGCGGGCCAAGCAGGACGGCGAGCGCUCGCAGCGCCUCUACCUGGAGGCUGAACGGAAGGCCAGCGCCACGGAGGCGCGUUACACCAAGCUGAAGGAGAAGCACAGCGAGCUCGUCAACACGCACGCCGAGCUGCUGAGGAAGAACGCCGACACGGCCAAGCAGCUGACGGUGACGCAGCAGAGCCAGGAGGAGGUGGCGCGCGUCAAGGAGCAGCUGGCCUUCCAGGUGGAGCAGGUGAAGCGCGAGUCCGAGAUGAAGCUGGAAGACCAGAGCCUGCAGCUGGAGCAGCUGCGGCAGGAGCUGGAGGAGCGCAAGGACGAGCUGAGCCAGGCCCAGCAGUGCCUCAGCCAGGCCAAGCAGGCGGGCUCGGAGCUGGGUGCCCGCGUGGAGGCCCUGCAGGAGGAGAAGGAGCAGCUGCGGCGCGCGGCGGGCGAGACGGAGCGUGAGCUGCUGGCGGCGCAGGGGCUGCUCCGAGAGCACGAGCUGCAGCGGAGCCGCGAGGCCGAGCGCGCCGCCGGCGAGCUGCGCGCGCUGCACGGGCGGCUGCAGGAGCAGAGUGCCCAGGAGCAGCGGCUGCAGCAGAAGCUGCUGGACGAGCAGCUCGGCGUCCUGCGGGCGGCCGUGCGCGAGGCGGCGGCCGUGGUGCGGGACGCGCUCGCCAAGCUGGACGACCCGCUGCACAUCCGCUGCACCAGCUCGCCAGACUACCUGCUGAGCCGGGCGCAGGCCGCACUGGAGUCCACCGUGGCGCUGGAGCAGGGCCACGCGCGCUACGUGGCCGCCGCCGCAGAUGCUGCCGGGCUGGUGGGCGCCUUGGCCCUCUUCUCCCACCUCGCUGCCGACACCAUCGUCAACGGCAGCGCCACGGCCCGCCUGGCUCCCCCGGACCGCGCCGACCGGCUGACCGAGACCUGCCGCGACUGCGGCCAGCGCAGCCUCGACUACCUGGGCGAGCUGGAGGACGAGCAGUCGCUGAGCGGGGCCGAGCUGGGCGGCGUGCGGGCGGCGCUCCAGGGCAUCCUCCGGCUGGCCCAGGAGCUGAGGCCCAAGAGCUUGGACAUCAAGCAAGAGGAGCUGGGGGACAUGGUUGAGAAGGAGAUGGCCUCUACCUCAGCAGCUAUUGAAGAUGCCGUCAGGCGGAUAGAGGAGAUGAUGAGUCAGGCCCGGAACAAGAGCUCCGGUGUCCAGCUCGAGGUGAAUGAGAGGAUCCUAAACUCCUGCACGGAACUCAUGAAGGCAAUUCGGCUUCUUGUCAUGACAUCCACAAACUUGCAGAAGGAGAUAGUGGAAAGCGGCCGGGGGGCAGCAACGACGCAGGAGUUUUACGCCAAGAACUCGCGCUGGACGGAGGGGCUCAUCUCGGCCGCCAAGGCGGUGGGCUGGGGCGCCACGCAGCUCGUGGACGCGGCCGACCGCGUGGUGCUGCGCACGGGCAAGUACGAGGAGCUCAUCGUGUGCUCGCAUGAGAUCGCCGCCAGCACGGCGCAGCUCGUGGCUGCCUCCAAGGUGAAGGCCGACAAGAGCAGCCGGAACCUGGGCAAGCUGCAGGAAUGCUCGCGCGGCGUCAACGAGAUGGCYGCCAACGUGGUGGCCUCCACGCGCUCGGGCCAGGAGCAGAUCGAGGAGAAAGACACCAUGGACUUCUCGGGCAUGUCCCUCAUCAAGCUGAAGAAGGAGGAGAUGGAGGCGCAGGUGAAGGUGCUGGAGCUGGAGAAGCAGCUGGAGGGCGAGCGCCGGCGCCUGGGCGAGCUGCGGCGGCGGCACUACGCGCUGGCCGGGCCCUGCGGCGAGCCCGAGGACGCCGAGGCCCGGCCGGUACCGGCACCGGCGCCGGCGCCGCGGCGCGGCAUCCUCAAGAAGCCGCCGCUGGCCCAGAAACCCGGGCACCCGCAGAAGCAGGACCAGCUGGAGCAAGAUGCCGACCUCUUCCAGGCUCACGUUAUAAACUUCUAGGCUGUGGGACGGGCUCCGCACCGUGGGUGCCCAGGUCUCCUCGCUGCACCGCGACCGGCCGCGGGGCCGAGCAGGAGGCUCCCCGGCUGCCCCGCUCUUACGUCUGUGUUUUAAACAGACGCCACUGGAGCUGCUGCUGGGCCGGAAUCCCAGGAUUUUGUUGGUUUUUCCCUCUUUUUUACAGCCGCUGGCCCUCAGCAGGCUGUGCCCGUCUGCCUGCGUGCGGCCUCUYGGAGCAGCUCUCCCUCCUUAAUUUAAUACGGGGUUGGUUUGGGGUGAUUUCUUAUUUCUCUUUUUAUGUUUUUUCCUUAAUUUUAUCAGCACUAGGACUUUCCAGUCAAUGUAGCUCUCUACUGUACCGCUCAGAGCCUUUUGAAGAAAUGUGAAAUGUUUUUAAUGUAGGGAAUUUUUGAUCUUUUUUUUCUUGCAACUGUGUUUUUUAAAUUAUCCUCUUUGCAGCCUGAGGAAUAAU